AUGCCCGACCUACUCUUAGAUAGAUUAGCCAAGAACGCAUCGACUUAUGCGAAGAAGAAAGCAGUUGCAUUCUUGGCUCCAGGCAAAGAUGGUGGAAAAAUUCAGCGUGAAUUAACUUACGCCCAAGUGGAGGCAGAAACAUCAGCAUUGGCCAGUCUUCUUUUGGAGAAAGGACUAAAACAUGGUGACAGGGCUUUGUUGGUAUACCCUCCAUCGUUGGACUUCAUGUUGGCGUUCUUGGCGUGUCUGAAAGCUGGUGUGGUGGCCGUACCCGUGUUUCCUCCCAAUCCAGCACGGAAGGACACCCUGUUGAUGUUUUCCAGAAUCACAGAAAGCUGCGGUGCUCAAAUUGCUCUGACUAGCACCGAGUACAAUCAUAUGAAGAAACUGGCUGGUGUGAAGGACGCCUUUACCAGAUUUGCUGCCACCAGAAAGGCCAACAAUGCCACAUGGCCAGAACAAUUAACUUGGAUCACUACUGAUAAUGCAUCGCCCAAAGACAGCAACCAAAAGCUACCAACUCCAAAACCAUCUGAUCUUGCCUUUUUGCAAUUUACAUCGGGAAGUACAAGCGAGCCAAAAGGUGUCAUGAUCACACACGGCAACUUGGCCCACAAUCUAACAAUCAUCACGAACGAUCUCAAGGCAAAAGAUGAUACCAUUGUCGCAAGUUGGUUGCCCCAGUACCACGAUAUGGGCCUUAUUGGGUCGUACUUGGGUUGUUUGUACUGUGGUGGUACUGGGUAUUACUUGAGUCCCCUGACCUUCUUGCAACGACCAAUGAUUUGGUUGGAAGCCAUAUCUAAUCACAAAGCAACCCAUCUUCAGGCACCCAACUUUGCCUUUAAACUGGUGGCACGUAAAUUUGACGCAUCGCAAUACACAAAGGACGCCUUGAAGUUGGAUUCUGUACGACACGUCAUUAAUGCGGCCGAACCUGUGGACGAAGACAGCAUGGAAACAUUCUACAAGUGCUUUGCUCCCUUUGGAUUUCCACGGGUGAUAUUCCCAACCUAUGGCUUGGCCGAGAGCACAGUAUUUGUUUGUUCAGGAGGAACCCAACGAUUGACGGUCGAUAAGAGUGAAUUGGAAGUCAAUGGGAAAGUAGUCAUCAAAGUUGGAACGCCCGCAGAAAACGACACGUUAUCGCGAAUGAUUGGGUGCGGAUACCCCAAGCGACAAGGUGUGGAUGUUAGAAUAGUGGAGACGGAUAGUGGAAAAUUGCGAGGCGAAGAUGUGGUGGGCGAAAUAUGGGUCAGUUCGGACAGUAAGGCAGCUGGAUACUUCAACAAGCCAAAGGAGACAAAAGAGGACUUUCAUGCCACUUUGGCAGGUGCAGACAACGACGGAAGUGAAUAUCUCCGAACGGGCGAUUUGGGCGGCGAAGAGGUUGCGCUGAUUAUGGAGCUGAAAGAAGUACCAGCUUCAAAGAGCGCCAUUGAGGAGGUCGGCAACCAGUUGGCCAACUCAAUCAAAGCAGCAAUCAACACUGAGCACUCGUUGAGCAUUGCCCAGAUUGUGUUUCUCCAACCACGAACCGUGCCAAAGACAAGCAGCGGAAAGAUUGCACGAGCUUGGUGUCGCAAGGGUUUUUUGGCCGGAACGCUUACCGUCGUUUAUAGGAAAUCGUUCACGAAAAUGGGUACGAUGGAGAUCGAAAGCAAUGGAGGAACUAGCCCGCCUCCUCCUCAACAAGCGGCUCUCGCAAAGGACAAGAUUGAUGAGCUACGAGCUAUGGACCGUAAAGACAUCGUGGCCAAGUUGGUGGCUGACGUGAACAAGAUGGGCGGUUCACUCGAUCCAAGUUCAGGUAUUAACAACGACUCACCGAUUGUGACGUUCCUGGAUAGUUUGACGAUAUCUCAGUUCAAGGGUUUGCUGGAAUCGAACUACGCCACCAGACUAUCCGACGAGUAUUUGUUUCUCGAAACCACGACGUUGAACAAAUUAGCAGAAGUGGUGAAACUUGGUUACGCCCCAGAUGACGACUUGGAGGGCAACGGCGAAGGUCGUCCGCAGGGGGUUGGUGACCCAGGCCGUGCCAAAGGAAUUGCAGGGAUGCUCGGUUGUCCUCCAGGUGUCGUCCUAUGCAUUAUACAAUGA